UCACUGUUCUUCAGUUGUUCCUGCAGACUGCCAUCAGUGCUUGUGCUGGUAGUUGACAUUCAUACAGUUAGCAGAGAGGCAGAGCCCGACACACAGCACACAGCAGCAGGGCUACAGCGACACUGGCAGCGGCAAGUAUGAGAGGAGAGAAGUUCACAGGGUGAGCUAGGCUGGUUGGCAGCCGUUGUCGCAUUCUCGGAGGAAUAAAGCAAACCGCUGGACGCCGAGAAGUCGCGGGACACACCGUGUGACUGGACCAAUAACUGGUGGAUACGUGAGGUUCUGGAUACUGAGCAGCGGCGGCGGCGCGACAGGAGCAGGGCGAGUGUGUGAGUGCUUCGGCGGCGGUCCCGCUGCUAGCGAAACAUGAACAAAAACCACCGAGUGCCGAGCAACCGUUCUCUGAGUGCCGUGGAGGUGAAGAGCAAGUUUGGUGCAGAGUUUCGUCGGUUCUCACUGGAUCGGUCGAAGCCGGGCCGCUUCGAUGAGUUCUACGGCCUCCUGCAGCAUGUGCAUCGCAUCCCCAACGUGGAGCUCCUGGUGGGCUACGCCGACGUCCACGGGGACCUGCUGCCCAUCAACAAUGACGAUAACUACCACAAAGCCAUCUCCGUGGCCAGCCCUCUACUCAGACUGUUCCUGCAGAGGACAGGUAAGCUCAGUGGAAGUGUUUGAACAAAUAGCCACUUUCCACC